AUGGCUUUACAGCAAGUUAUACAAGAUUUUCAUCCUAGAUCAUCAAAUACUGGAUAUCUAUCAAAAGACUCAGCAGACAAUUAUGCUUCUCAGAGAUCAGCUGAUGAAUUUAUAAAGUUCGCUAAGCAGCUUGGACAUUAAGUAUCAACACCACAGGGCCAAUAAUUUGUUAACCUCGAGCAUGCUCUUCACAAAUUCGUUCCGGGAUAAAGUGGUUAGAACAUUGAACUUAAUCAGGCAUUGUAGAUUAUGAAGACUGAAAAUAAUUUGAAGACUUAAUAGGUUUCAUUGCUGAGAAAUUAAAACAGUCUAACAAACCUAAAUGCCAUGUCGAGAAAUUUGAAAUAGCAAUACCAGUAGACUUAAGGUGCAUAACAGAAAAAAUCUAAAGAAAGUAAUAAUACUACCUAGGCAUUACCUAAAAAUUCAAUUGGAUUUACCUCAUUCAACUCUGUAUUAAAUCCACAGUAGACACAUUUCCUGCAAUAGCUUUAGGUUCAUGAGAAAAGAAAGCCAUCAAAAUCUAAGAAAUAAGCAACUGAUGGCCAGAAGGGAAGAUAGACAAUUGAUUAACUAAGUGAAUUCCUUAUGGCUUAACAAUCAUAAUUUGAUAAGAUUAACAAUAGUAAGUAUACAACCACAAUGAAUCCCCUAAACAGCACUCUUAACAGUAAUCCAGCCACGUAUAUGGUUAACUCACAAAAGAAAAUUCCCAAGAACACUCUAAAUCUAGGAGGAACUUCAAAGAUAAAGUUGAGCAGAGACAUUCUAGGUUUAAAAGAUGGGAUUGGCUAAUCAGAACUCAACUCAGCUAGAUCUGAUGGACAUGAUGAUAACAUUAUUGUUAAUAAUAUGUCCCCUAAAAGCAGAGCCCUAAGAGGGUCCAAGAAAUCACAAAAUAAAAAUCAUUUAAAUUCCAUGCCAAUGUCUUCUAUGAUUAGUAAUAGUAACUCUCAAUCUAAUUUGUUGUAAAAUUACAACAAAAUAGUAGGAGACUUAAACAGCAAACACACUGUAAAUGAUAAGCUCAAUAUUAUGUUUAAUAAGACAACUGCCCUAAGUUAACUAGGUAUUAGUCGCUAUGACAAGAAAAGCUAAAAUUAAACAAAAAUCUCUCACCAUUUGAUAGUAGAAGCUUCUGAUGCAGAUUUAAAUUUGCCCUCUCCAGCACUAUCAACAGAGUUUCAAAAUUUUUCAUCAACAAAUUCACCUAUCAAACAACAACCUUCAAAUAAGAUCAAUUUUAAAUCAAGAGUAGGUAAAGCAAGUAUUUCCCCAUCAAGUUUGUCUCCAAAAUCAAAUAGUUCAGCUAAAAAAGAAUUGCUAAAAUAUAAUCAUUAAGACUUAAUUAAAAUCAUUGAGCAGCAGCAAAAAAUGAUGAACUAUAUUGAAAAUGAUAGAUAGUUACUUUAGUAACAAAUAAGCAAUAAGAACUCAAACUAGAAAGAUUGUAAUGAUUUGCAUAAAAAGCUUGAACAGAAGGACUAACUUAUUCAUAAUCUGCAGCAAGCAUUUACCCAAGUAAAAUAAGUUGGGCCAGUUAAUUAAACUAAAAAUUACCCAAGACCUCUAUCACUUAGAGAAGCGUAUUCGAAUGCUAAUAAGAACAUCAUUAAUAUUCAAAGUGAGCAAUCUAUAUCAGAAUAAUCAAAUAAUUUUAUUUCUGAGAAUCAUGAGGUAGUUACCAUUCUAAAUAGUUCUGAAAAGAAAAACUAUGUAUACUAAAAUUACCUCAAUGGUUAUGAGCAUGCCAAUAUUUCGUAAAGUCCCUCAGAUAAAAAUAUAACUGUACCGUCUCCAAAGAAGCGAUCGCUGUUUACCGCAAUUGAUAAUAACUAAUAACUAGAAGAUAGACCUUAUACUCAAACUAAUUUUAAUUCAAAUGAUGCUGAGCAAAUUAUGCGCACUUAGAUUAGCAAAAACAGAUCACUUGCUAAUUUGAGAACUAUAAUUCCAAGCCUUUAAAACAAUUGCUAGAAUUCAAUCAAGGAAAGCAAUCCUGUAAACAUUUUAGGAGAACCUUAAGUAUCUAUUUUUGAAAAACAUUUUGUGUAGUUCCAAUAGGAAAUGACUGAAAGAGAAAACAAUGCGAUUAAUAAAGAGUUGUUACUUAUGAGAAACAAGAUUUAUACUUUUAUCAGAGGCUAUGACAAGUAUACUAAUAAGCUUAAAAAGAAGAUUGAGAAACUAGAGACCGAGAAUCAAGAGCUCAAAGUAUUUAAAUAAAAGCAAAUUUCGAAGAGUAAAAGUUAAAUUGAAAAAAAGCAGUAGAAAGAGGCAUAGAAUGAAAACAUCGCCACCGAGAAGUAGCAAACCAAGAUUUCAAAAGUAGAAAAUUCCUCUAUUAUUGAAAAAGAAGAAUUGAAGCCUCCUUCUAAGAGUGCUCUUGGGAUGCUACCAUAAGAUGAGAUCGCCACUAAUUAAUAAGACUCUGGGUUCAAGAAGUUAGAACGAUAUCAGUUCCACAUCGAUGAAUUAUAAUUCAUCAGUUUUUCAGCUAAAGCAGCAAAAAAAUCUGAAGAGAAAAAAGUCAUGAAGAAAAUCUAGAAAACUAGAGAGCGAGCAUAAUAAAUACUUGAAAUAAAGAAAAAUAAUGAUCACAGACAUAAAUCAUUGAUGCAGGCUGAAAUAGAGAGAGAAGAGUCAAUAAAAGCUUAAUAAAUAAAAGUAUUUUAGUAACGUAUGCUGAAAAAGCAACUUAAUGAAUAGAAACUGAAACUUCGACAAGAAUAUCUUAAGUAAAAUGCUGAUGAGGUAAAGAAUGAAAGAACUUAGAAUAAUAUGUUUAAAUCUCAGAUAAAACUUGAGCUUUAACAAAUAAAUCAGAAAAAGAAGUAAGAUGUAAAAAACCAAGAAAUUGAAGCCCUAGAUAAAUUAUAAUUAAGACGCAAUAAUAUAAUGAAAUCCAUAGAAUAGUCUUAUAAGCAUAAGCAAGAUAGGGAAUUUAAUGAUAUUCAAAAGCAUGAAUCAUAAAUUAACAAAAUGGAGAAUGUGGAGUCGUAGUUGCUACAGAGAUUAUAGCAAACAUAGAAAAGAGAGUCCGAAAUAUUUAAAACACUUGAGACUGCUAUCAAAGACAGUCUGCUUUCUCAUAAGGACAGACUGGAGUUUAAACAGAAAAAGAAUAUUGAUAUAAGGAAAAAUUAUAAAUUGCCACCAACGCUCUAACAUUUACAAAAAUAUAUUGAUAAAAAUGACCAAUUGAAUCUCGCAAACAUGAAUUCUGAGUUCAAGGGAUCUCAAAAACCCAUUUCAGAAAAUAAGACUAAUGCUGAUGAUGAGUAGAAGAGUAACCCAAAUGAAGGUAAAUUAGAUAGCAUAGAAGUGAAUCUUAAGAAUGAGGCUGUAACUCCUAAGUUAACUUAGAAUUAAUUGAAGAGACAAGGGUAUCAAACUAAUAGUAAGAAAAAUAAUUUAUGA